UUUCUUUGAGCUCAAGAAAAAUAAAGAGAGGCGAGAAAGAGGUGUUUCAGAUUUUCUACAGGUAUAAAAGGAAACCAAACUCUACUGAGGCCAACUGUUUGUUUCUAUCGAGUGAAAAUCAGCAUGGCCGCUCUGCAAUACCUCGAGACUCUGCGGAACGCACACCCGGAGCUCGCCGAAUGGUACAAUUCUAUGGCAGAUCUGUACCAGAAGAAGCUCUGGCACCAGCUUACUCUCAAGCUCGAGCAGUUCGUUGCUCUUGCCGUCUUCCAGGCUGGUGAUGCUCUAAUACAGCUAUACCAUAAUUUCAUCACUGACUUUGAGACCAAGAUCAAUCUCCUGAAGCUUGCACAUUUUGCUGUUAUUGUUUCUCGGCAGUACCCCGAGAAAGAAGCUGCUAUUGGUUACCUUGAUGGGGUGAUUCACAAGCUUCAGGAUACUAGAGAGCAGCGCAUUGAGGAACCAAUUCUUUACAUUAAGAUGCAAAUUGCUUUGUUUAAGCUUGAGCAAGGUGACCAAAAAGAGUGCAAGAAACUUUUGGAAGAUGGAAAAAGCACCCUUGAUAGCAUGACUGACAUUGAUCCUUCAGUAUAUGCAAGUUUUUACUGGGUUUCAUCUCAAUUUCAUAAAUUCUGUCAAGAAUUUGCCCAGUUCUACAAAAGUGCUCUUCUUUAUUUGGCAUACACUUCUGUGGAGUCACUGUCAGAUUCGUUUAAGCUGGUAUGUGCAUACAUUUCUUUCAUUAGCCCACAUGUGCAUUCAUAAUUUAGAGUGCAUGAUCCUGAUAAUAGAGAGCCCUGAGGAGGGGACUUAUACUACUGUACCAAGCAGGUGUGGUUGGAAAAUCCUCACAUUUAUUCAUCCCUUUUAAAACCCUUCUAUUCUAUUGAGAUCUUAUUCUCAGAUCACCUGAUUGCAUGAAGUUUCGUCUGGUUUCUAGAGAGGAAGUAUCUUUGCCUGGUUUUAUUAGAGGAUGAAAGCGAGAAUGGUAAAAAACUGAACAUGCCUUUCUAUUGAAUCUUGCACAAUAUAGAUUUGAGGUAAAUAAGGAAGGACAAAUGAAGAAGAAAAAAUCAACUUCCUUCUCAUCACAAUGCCCUCAGUUUGGGGGAUACAAAAAACUUGCCCUUUCUCUAACAAACACUUAAUUGUUUGGGGUUCUUGUUGAGGGAGAAGUGAGUGGAGUGGGUUCCCUAUCCUUUUUAAUGGUAAAAAAGAAGUAUAUUAACAAGGCAUCAACUGGUGCCACCCAUGUAUUUAGUUGUAAUAUCACGAAGAUCCUCUUAGAAGAGAUUAGCCCCUUAAGAAAGGAGGGAGGAAAUGAUGGGAAAAUCCCCAAUCCAGCUAAAGGUUAACAAGACCCAUUAGAAAUCCUCCUAUUCCUUUCCAUCCAAAGAACCGCCACAACAUAGAGAGGAGUGAGGUAGAACGUCUUCUAGCUUUCACUUGACUUAAUACUUUACAUAGUUCAGUAGCUACAAAGCUUCAAUUAAUUCAUCUCAAUUUUAGGAACUUAUGAAUUGUACUCUAUAGUUUAUGGGACAUGGAGCACCACAAGAAGUGGUUUGGAGUGGAGACUUCAGUAACCUGUUUGCAUAAGUCAUAGUCCUUAACUAGCACCUUUCUCAUUUUCCUGAUAUUGUUGAUUAUAAGAAUCUUUAAUCUUCUACCAUGCAAAGAAUGAUAUCCAGGGUGAGGCAUUCUCUUUUGAUAUCUGCUUCCGAACUGUGGUUUCGUCCAUGUUGUAUAAUACUUUUAUAGUCUUGUUUAAAAAAAAUAUCUGGACUCUGUUUCUAAGAGGGGGAAAAGUAUUGAUCUCAAAUAUUUUACUGGUGCAUGUGUGUGCAAGCAAAUAAACUUGUGAUGCAUUUUUCAGAAGUUAGUCGAACAG